ACCUUGUGGCGCUCCAUGUCUGUGCAGAAUGGAAUCUACGCAGUACGAACAGUCUACCGAUUUCCUAGGCCGUAAUACUUGCCAGGCAAUACUAGAUCGAGCCGUUUCUAUCCCGCCCCAACCCUUUACGUAGUCGUUCAUCAUGAUCAUCUCCUUCUAGGAGGGGGUGAGGUGCCCAUAAAACCAUCAGGACCCUGUUUCCUGCAGAAGUAACGCACGCAGUCGCACACCUUCAAUUCCUCUUGUGCUGUUCUUUCAUUCGUUCGUCAAUAUGCAGUUGUUUGUCCAAGCACUUGCUGCUGCAUCCCUCCUGCCUUCGGCCUUCGCGGCCCCUGCAGGAUACACUGCACCUAGGGUUAAGACAUCCUCCGGUGUCAUCGUUGGCCAUGCGGCAUCAAACAAGACAGGUGUGACCGAGUUCCUUGGUAUUAAGUAUGCGACGGCCGAGCGAUUUGCUCCCCCAAAGCGUUACAAUGCACCAGCCAACACUGUGUAUGAUGCAUCGAACUGGUCAGAUGACUGCCCUUCCAACAAGCCGCCAGUGAGCCAGUUCCCCAAUUUCACUCAGCCAUCAGGGUUGAGGGUUUGGAAGAACUUUGCUGCACAGAACAGCAACCCAGCAGCGGAAGACUGCUUGAAGCUUAACAUUUGGACAAAGACGCCUGAAGUGCUUCCUGGUAGGGGAAAGCCUGUGCUUGUCUGGUUCCACGGUGGUCGUUUUACCAUUCCUGGCCCUCACAGCCCCUUCUACAGCGGCCAGUACCUCACUGAUGCCGAGGAUGUCUUGGUCGUGACUGUCAACUAUCGCCUGGGUAUCUUCGGAUUCUCUGGUGCUCCUGGUCUCCAGCAAAACGCUGCUCUGCUCGAUCAGCGUUCUGCUGUUGAGUGGGUUCGUGACAACAUUGAGGGCUUUGGUGGUGACCCUCGAAGGAUUGUCAUCUUCGGUCAAAGUGCCGGUGGAUCAUCUGUCGACUACUUCUCCUUUGCCUGGAAGAAUGACCCAAUCGUUUCUGGGCUCAUUCCUCACUCUGGAACCUCGCUCAGCUUCAACCCCAAUACUCCCGAGUACGCCCAGAAGAUCUGGUUCAACGUCACCGAGACCAUCGGCUGCGGCGGUGCCAGUGAUGACUCCGCUUCUGUGGUCGCAUGUGUUCGCUCUAAGGACGUUCAGACAGUCCUUGCUGCUGCCGCCAAGGUUCCUGCGCUGCCAACUAUUGCUCUCGCUCAGGCUACUUUCCACCCCACCAUUGACAACGUCACCGUGUUUGGAAACUAUGAGGAGUUGACUGCUACUGGCCAAUUCGCCAGAAUCCCAAUGCUUCUUGGAAACACUGACUUCGAGUCCGGUUGGUACAAGCUCAGUGCAUUUGGCGCUAAGAUCAACCUCACUGAGGCACAAUGGGACCUGUUCAACCAGCGUGCAUUCACUUGCCCCAACAAGUAUACUGCCACAUACCGAACGCAGUACGGUGUCGCUACCUACCGCUACAGGUACCAUGGCGACUGGGACAACAUUCGCAUGUACAACGGAACUGCUGGACUUGGACCCCGCGGAAGUGGUGCCUACCACGGAUCUGAGAUUAACAUGGUUUUCGGAACUGCACAAGAUGUGUCCGGUCUUACCAACACUGCCGCGGAGAAUGAAACCAUCAAGUACAUGCAGAAGGCUUGGGGAACAUUCGCACGCGACUCGCUGAACGGCCUUCAGAAUAUGGGAUGGCCUCGUUUCAACCCCAAUGGUAACACUCUCGCUCUCCUUGCCUACAACAACGACCCUAAGCCCAAGUUCGUCAACCCUGCCGUCUACGAUGCUCCAUGCCCUGCCAAGAACGACCCUCUUCCAGGACAGGGUGGUUUCUAA